CGGGACGGCCCCCCCCGGGGGGCGGCGCGGCCUCGCCCGGCGCGGGGAGGGCUUCGGGAGUGGCUUCCGCGGCCCCCCCGGCGGGGGAGGACCCGGGGCACGUCUAUAAAAGCGAGGAGGAGCCCGGGGGCCCCGUCGCUGCCGCCCCGCUCCCGCUGCCGCCAGCCAUGGCCGCGCCGCUGGACCAGGCCAUCGGGCUGCUCGUGUGCGUUUUCCACAAGUACGCGGGCCAGGAGGGCGACAGGAACACGCUGAGCAAGAGGGAGCUCAAGGAGCUCAUCCAGAAGGAGCUGACCAUCGGGCCGAAGCUGCAGGAGGCCGAGAUCGCCGAGCUCAUGGCGGACCUGGACCGCAACCAGGACCAGGAGGUGAGCUUCCCGGAGUACGUCACCUUCCUGGGGGCCCUGGCCAUGGUCUACAACGAGGCGCUGAAGGAGUGCAGGCAGUAGGGCUGGGCCGCCGAGGGGCUCCCCCGGCCGCCCGGCGUCCAAUAAAAUUCCUUUUUGUAAAUUUU